AUGGGAAGCGCUUGUUCUUCUACUCAAGCAGUUCACUCUCAUGAUGAACCAGAAAAGGUGAAGAAAGAUAAGAAAGCAAAAGCAGAAAUGCAUGAAAAAACAUCAUCCGACCAUGAGGUAAAGAUGGUCACAUCAGAAAAGGAAUUAAAGAAAGAUACAAAGAAGACGGAAGAGAAGCGAGUGGUUGAAAGUGGGACAACCGAGAAGUCUCCAACAGUAGCUCAAGAGGAUGUGGUGCAAUCUGAACAAGUUGCCACAGCAGUAGAAAAACAUGCAUCAGUAGAAGAGAAGAAACCAGAAGAAAACAAACAGGGUGAAACUCAACAGCAAGUUUCUGAACAAGCUCCAAUACCAGUGGUCAUACCCAAUAAUGAUGAUGAGAUACGACAACAAGUGAUGAAAGAAAUAUAUAAAAUUCCAGAACGAAUGGAUGAAAAACCCAUCGAAAAUGCAGUUGAGAGACAGCUCAAUGAAGAUUUUGAAAAAGUACACAAAGAAAAAGAUGAUGAAGAAGGACAUGUUGUUGAAGGUUUAGAGGUGGUUGGAACUGGCAUUGCUGGUUCCACUGAUUUGAAGAGUGCACCUGAACAAACAGCAAAUUCUGCGCCAGAAGAGGCUGGAGAUGAAGAUCUUGGAGGAGAAACAAAUGAUCAUGUGGGAGGUGGUGAGAGUUUGGAUGAAGACAACAAGUAUGAAAAUGGAUAUGAGGAUGAGGCUGAAAAACAAAACCAACAGGAGGAAUUGCAAGAAGAAGAAAAUCAAUCCACUCACCAAUGUGAAAAUGAUGCUAUGAAAGAACAAACGGAAGAGGCUGAUGAUGAAGAACCUCCAAUACCUAUGCAAUCAAAUGACAUUUCAGAGCAAGAACUUGAGGCAGCAGAAAACUUGACUCAGGAUGAACAAUAA